AUGGCUCUCUGGACUGGGUUUCCUGCCGGCAUUGGAUUCAAAGAGAAGACGACAGAGUCAUCACUGCCGCCUCGAAGGCCGCUUACCUGCCGAGCCAAAAGCGACGACUUUGAGCGGAAGCUCUCAUGCCGGUUCAUCCUUCCCGACGACAUCCUUGACAAUAGACUACUGCAGGACGAUGAAUCCGAUCCGAUCCUUCUGAAAAUGCCAUACGAAAUCCUGCUGGCAGUCUACGACACCGUGGCCCACGCGCCCUCGCAGGUGGCCCUGGCACUGACAUGCAAACGCAUGGCUCGAGCGGCGCGAGACAUCCAACUCUGCCUUUCCCCCACUUCGGCCAAGUACGCGGGCUUCCUUCCCCGGGCCGUCUUUGACGUUCCGGAGCUCAUGACCCAGCUGAAGCCAUGGAUGCCGCCCGAGCUACGUCUCUGCAACCACUGUCUGACCAAUCGGCCUCGGCACGAGCAGUACUGGAGCACCGUGGCCGGGUGCGAGGUGAGCAACUUCUGGAUCACCAAGACAGGAUGGGAGUUCCGCAACGCCAGCUGGCACAAGCAGGUCCACGACAUCUGUCCGGCCUGCCAUGCUUCGUGCAGCUUGAGUGAUUUUGUCGACUGCGACGGGUGUCGAGCUCUCGGCCGGCUUGGGGACGUGGACUGGUCGCGCGUGUCGGAUUCGUGGCGAAGAAGGACCGAAGAAGAACUCCGGGCCGGUAGGUUUGCUACGGGGCCUUAUUGA